AUGUAUCAUCAAGAGCCUAGUUUAAAGCCUCCAUCUCUUUCAGAUAUAUUGGAAAGCUCUAAGAAACUUCAACAUAAAUUGUUUCGAUUGGAAUUGCCUCAGAUUCAGCUUGGUUUGGAUCAAAUUCGUCAAUGUUCAGAGGAACAAGUAUUAAAUCUUGGUAUGAGGGAUGGAGAUACAAAGGCACAUUAUUUGCUUGCGGGAAGUGGAAUGAAUGCAAAAGAAACGCUACAGACCUUGAUGUCUAUACAACUUCUUCCUUUCUAUGAAUCAGCACCAUUAAUGGAUACAGAUAUUGAUGGCUAUUUGAGAUAUAAGAAAGAGAGGAAUAUUUUAUUGGCAAUAGAAGAUAUGAUUAAACAGAGUCAAAGAGAUUUUGAUGCUUUUGUUGCACGAAAUGUUAAUUAUAAGUUGGAGAAAAACAAGAUGAAUUUGUUGAAUGAUUUUCAGAAUACUAAAGAAUUAUCAAAUGUGAAACAAAAUGAUGUGUCAAAAGAAGAAUUAAAAAAUGUAACUGAAUCGACUAUGGAAAAAUCUUUUUUUGAAUCUAGUUUUAAGAAAUCGAGAUUUGCGAAGUCUGCUUUUAAGGAUUUUGAUGAUGUUGAACUAUCAGUACAACAUACUCCAGUUAUUUCUACGAUUCGACAAAAAUAUGCAGAAAUUGUGUCAUUGUUGAAUGAAUUUAGAUUAAAAGGAAAAGGAUUUGGAAUUUUCAAUGCUUUUUGUGAUGUUUUACGGUUGUAUAGGGGUGAUAUUCGAUAUCAGCAACUUUCUGAUUCAUGGAAAUUGCUUUCGAAAAUUGUUGAAGAAAACAAUUAUUUAUAUGACUCAGUGUCUUCUAAAACUACUAAUGAGAGACAGUUUGUUUCUUAUAUUGAUAAUCCUGCUUCAAGACCUGCUAUGUUUAAAAAAAUUGUUUCUGGAGCAAAAUCAUUUCUUGAAUUUCAAUUUUUUUCCCUUAUUGAAAGAGAAAUUAUAAAAUAUCCUCAUGAUGCAAAAUUAGGUGGUGUUCCAUCUGCUGAAAACAAAAUUCGAGCAUAUUUGAAUAUAAAGUUUAUGAAAAAUGGUAGAUGGAUAAAGAGUAAUCUAGAGAUUGUCAAUAAUAUUCCUAUAUGGGCGUUUUUAUUUUAUCUUAUUAGGUGUGGAUAUUUAGAAGAGGCAGUACAAUAUACUUUGAAACAUGAAAGUUUAUUUCAAAAAAUUGAAAAAGCAUUUCCAAUUUAUUUAAAAGCAUAUUUUAUGUCUCCUAAUGGGAAGCUUCCUCGUCAACUUAAUGAUAGACUACAUGCUGAAUAUAAUCAACGUAUACGAUUUAUAACAGAAACCUCUGACCCUUAUAAAUAUGUAAUUUAUAAAAUAAUUGGCAGAUGUGAGUUAUCAAAGAGGUCAUUACCGGAAGUUUUGCCUCUUGCAGAAGACUAUAUGUGGCUUCAGUUAAAUUUGAUACGUAGUAUAGAGGAUUCUGGAGAAUCUGUUCAUGAAAGAUUUACUUUAGAAGAUGUACAAAAAACUCUUUUAAGUUUUGGGGCUAAACAUUUUACUUCUAAAGGCACUAAUCCAAUUGUAUAUUUUCAGUUACUUUUGUUAAGUGGGCAAUUUGAACGAGCAAUAUAUUAUUUAUAUUCUUAUUAUCCUAUUGAUGCUGUUCAUUUUGCAAUAGGCCUUACAUAUUAUGGAUUAUUGCAUAUACCAGUAGUCGAUAAUUCCUUAGAGACAGAGUUAUUGUCAAUUAAUGAUAAUAAUAUUGCUUGCCUAAAUUUCUCAAGACUUAUAUGUGUAUAUACAAAAACAUUUCAGAAAUUGGAUCCUAGAGUUGCGGUUGAUUAUCUUUGUCUUAUAUGUUUAAACGGAGAUUUAUCCCCUCCAAUUGGAAAUGCUCAAAAAAAUAUUUGUUAUGAAGCAAUAAAGGAACUUGUUUUAAGUACACGUGAUUUUUCUCAGUUAUUAGGAGAUGUGAAGGCUGAUGGAUCAAGAGAACCUGGAAUUAUUGAAAAAAGACUUGAAUUAAUACAAUUACAUAGUGAAAGUGAAUAUUUAAAAACAAUUACAGAGCAAGCUGCUAUACAAGCAGAUAAUGAUGGAUGUACUGCUGACGCUAUACUUCUUUAUCAUCUAUCGGAGGAUUUUGAUACUGUAGUUUCGAUUAUUAAUAAAGUUCUUGGUGAAGCUUUAAGUAGUCCUUCACUUAGUACUUAUGUUGAGUCUGGCAAUUCCUCUUUGAAGAUCAAUUUAUCUUUGAUGGCUAUGGAGGAUCCAAGACGAUUGGCAGAGAAUAUGAUGUCUGUAUAUUUCAAUAAUGUUGAGAUAUAUUCUAAAAUAACUCCUACAAAUAGAGAUGCUUGCAAAACUCUUUUAAAAAUAGCAGAUGCUCGUGCUGCAUAUAAAGAAGGUAAAUGGGAACAAUCUUUAAUGAUUAUUGAACAACUUAAUGUUAUUCCUCUGGAUUGUAAUGCAGAUAUUGGAGCUAUUAAGAAACAGGCACAAGAUUUUUCAUCUCUUCAUGGUAGUAUUGCACGUAAUGUUCCUGGUCUACUUGUCAUGAGUAUGGAAUGCCUCUAUAAAUUAAACAAUAAGCUUAAAUUAAGUCCUUUUUCUGACUCAUCUCGUAAUGCUAAAUUGAUUGAAUUACGGAAACGUGCGAAAUCUGCUAUGAUUUAUGCUGGAUUGAUUCAGUAUAGAAUGUCAUCUGAGAUUUAUUCGCAUAUUUCUCGUCUUGAUGUUAUGUUUUAAGUAUACAUUUAUACAUAUUUUGGAUAUUUUUAGAUUUUGAAUCCAGUAUUUUUUUACAUUAUUUUUCGUA